AUGCACUUGCAAAGAAAAGUUAAAGCAGCUUCUGAUGGCCUGGGUCUGAAAAACAGUAACUCCCCCCCCCCCCCCUCCGUGAGCGAACAAAACCAUUAGAAAAAUCGCCAUUUUUUGACCAAAAACCCACCCUCCGUGAGUGAACAAAAAUUUUUUUAAUAGAAAAAAUUUUAAUGGAAAAAAAUUUUGAUAUAUAAGUGAUAAUUAGUAUAAUGAAAUCUAGAGCUAAUUCUGUUUAAUUUUUAAACAAAUUGCAUUUUAAAACAUAAAUUUUGCAAAUUAAAAUUAAUAUUUGCUUCCCAAUUUUUUGCAAAUUAGGAUUGUUUUAAAUUUCGAAAAAAAUAUUUUUUAUAUAAAAUUUAUAUAUAAAAUUUUUUUUAAAAAAAAAAAUUAACCCCCCUCCGUGAGCGGACAAAUUUUUUUGUUCGCUCACGGAGGGGGGGGGGGAGUAAGCAAAAGAUUUUAAAUUUGCCAAAUGAAUUUCAGAAAAAUCAAUGCAAAACAAUUCUCUACAGCAAAAUCUGGCAAGGCGAUUAUAAACUUAAAGAUUCUCCUGCUUCUUUGUGCAAUGGAUUUAUGCUAUGGUAUAUCAUUGAUGUCGAAUAUUUUUAUCCAAGCUUAUAUUUAAGCUAUGUUCCUGAGUUUCCGUUUAUUGAAGGUGCGAGCCUUGAAUAUACUUCAUUAAAUCUUAAACCAAAACCAAAAAAUAGUGAAAGUCUAAGCUUUAUUGAUUCAUUAAUAAAUUAUUAUCAAGUUGAGCAUGAUAACGUAAAGCAAGAUCUCCAGCCUCUACUUCAAGAAAUCAGUCAAAAGUGUUCAAUAGUUGAUAAAACAAAUAAUUUAGUAUUGAUCUCAGAAGAAAAAAACUGCGCAGAUAUAAUUAAACUAGAUUUAAAUUUGAUCCAGCAAGAUUACAUCCAAUAUUUUGAGGAAUCGUUUAUGACACUAGCGAAUAAAGAUAAGGAGUUUCAGAUGCUAAGCUUAAGAAAAAGCUUAAUCCACGCUUAAGAGUCAGUGAAACCAUUGGGAUAAUGCCUAUUUUUCCGAAAAUUAAAUCCCUUGGAGAACGAACAAAAAACAUUUUUGAAAAAUAUUUUUAUAUUUUAUUUAAUAAUUAUAAUAAGAUAUUCAGAUAAUUAUAUUAUAUUUAGAUUACUUGCAUUCUUAGACAAUUUUUUUUUAAAAUUUAGAUUUGUAUUUUCAAAUGCUUGCAAUUGAGAUUAUUUAAAAAAAAAAUAUAAAGUUUUUUGGAAAAUAUAAGUCAGGAGAGGAAGUUAGAAAAACAAUAUCAAGGCUGCUGUGCUCCUUGCCACUUGAUCAGAGCAUUUUUCUUAGAUAGCAUUCCUCAUUAUUUUUGGCCUGAUUUUUUUCCUCGUGAGAAUUUUAAUAGUUUUUUACUAACAUUGUCUCAAAAGAAAAGUUACGACCAAAAUCAAAGAAGUGCCAUAUGAUGAAAAAAUUCCUAUUUAUGACUAGCAACGAGGCUGCUGGGUUUGCUCUGAGAGUGAUAACGAUGAAUCUGACUUAUUGGUUAAGUGCAAAAGCUGUUUUAUGGAAGUUCACAUAAAAUGCUACGGAAUUACAGGAAAUUUUGAUGAGUGGAUAUGUGAUCCUUGUCUAGAAAUCCCAAAAGAAAAACGAGGUACAUAUUCUUGCGCUCUUUGCCCCAGGAAAGGUGGCGCAUUGAAAAAAACUCUUCAAGCCAAUAUCAACUCUAACCCCUACCCUAACUAUAUACCAAAUAAAGCAAAAGAUGAAGACUUUAUUUGGGUCCACGCAUUUUGUGCUAUGAGAGUUGAAAAAGUCCACAUAUCAAAUACAUCGAAAUUAAACGAAAUUGAUAUUUCAAAAAUAAACUCAAUUUCCUUUUCAUCUAUAUGCGAAACCUGCAAAACUGCAAACGGCGCUUGCGUAUUUUGCAGCUUUAAAGGAUGCAGCAAAGGAUUUCACCCUGAGUGUGGGAAAGAUCAUUUUUCCACAAAAAGAGGCCUUGGGAAGCAUAAGCUUUAUUGUGCAUUACAUAAGCCUUUACAGCUGAGAAAAAUGCUUGAAACAAGGCAGAAAAAAAUCAAUGAUGAUAUUUUCAAAUUUUGCAAGGCUAUAGAAAAAUGGGAACAAAAAGGUAAACAACAAAAAGGAAUAAAAAGAAAAAGAGAAAAAAAGAUAUUAGCAGCCCCAUCAAAAAUCUUUACAACGGUAGAAGACCAAAAUCUGGAAUUCAAAAUCCAGAAAUUUCUGCAUAAAUUGAAUGUUGGGCAGAACAGACCAUUUUUCAUUCAAAUAAAUUUGAAUGCAUCGACGAGAAAAUCACGUGUUGAUGUAGACAGGCCAGAAUAUUUCACUAUGAUACAACCAGAAGUAAUUUUAGAAAAUUCGAUUACUAUAGAGAAAAGAACGCCAGAGGAGUGCUUUAAAAGGUAUCAGGAUACGCUUUACACAAGAAUAAAAAAUGAUAUUUUAUUGAGAGGGGAUCGCUUAUCGAUUUAUUUUGGGCAAAAUAAGUUGCCAUCACGCUACUUAGCUAAAAAAGUAAAGAAUGCAAAUGGCAAAGGUGUUAACAAAAGAGGAAAACAAAAAGUUCAAGCUAAAAGUCUUAAAAAAAUACUCCCAAAGCCAAUAAAAAGCAAAGAUAAAUAUUGCUACUGUAAUAAGCCCUUCUAUUAUCAGCUGCCAUGCCUUCCUGAAUGGUCACAAGAAGAGUAUGAAAAGAAAAUAAAAGAAAAUGAAAUGAUUGAAUGCACUCAAUGCGAAAAUUGGUUUCAUUUCGGAUGUAUUGACUAUGCUGGAACUUUGGAGCAAGCUCAAUGCGAAGAGUGGGUAUGUGCUGACUGCUCAAUGAAAAGACAAAAAAUAACCGAAGUGCCAACAAACGAAGAUUAA